AUGGAGAAGAAAAGGCGUAAAGAUGGCAAGGAGUUGCUACCCGACUUGAAUGAGGUCAAAGCGCAAAUCGGAAAAGAAAGAUUUGAUCAUAUUAAUAAUAAAUUCAAGUCGAGAGUCUUACCGAGUGUGACUGCUCAUGCUGCCCAUAAUCAUUUGCUUCCCUUAACCCGGCCCAAUGGAAAGGGUAACAAUGAAACAGCCAUCAAAAUGCUUUCUUCGAGAAUGGAACCUCUAGUCCAUCAUUUCAAUGAAAAUGAUGAUAUUUCUUAUGAAGAAGUUACAUUUAAAAUUCCUGAUGAAGAGGUUACCAAGCUUCUAUCUGUUAAACAGCUACCUCGAUCCCUUACCUGGGUUUUCACGGAUAGUAAUCAGCUAAUGGCUGCAAGUGAGUCUGUGAUUGGUAAGAAACAAUUCCAUUAUGUGGAUGGUGAGGCAGUGGAAUUGAGUCCUGACAAGAAAAAGUAUGAAGACGCCAGGAAACAAAAAAUGGAGUUUUCCAAAGAGGUUGAUCGGUUUAUAUGGAAGAUUGGUCAGAAAUAUAGUCUGGAUGAUCUGGUGGUGCAGAGGACUCUAUCCAAGUUCCUUGAACUGAAGGUUUCAGAUAUUUUGGAGAGAUACAAUAAGCUUAAGAAUGAUGGAGAUAUUGGUGAAAUUUCUGACAAAAGCAAAUUUAUUUCUGUUCCGGCAACUGCUGAUAAGCACUUUUGCCGUCGUUGCUUGAUAUUCGACUGUCAUCUUCAUGAAGAAUAUCAGCCUCUGCCUAGAGAAAACAAAUCUAAUUUGUUUGAGAGGGAAGAUGCUGAAAAACAAUGCAGUAAGCAUUGUUACCUUAAGCCAAGGAGUUUCAUAGAAGCUGAUCAUGUGGUGGAUAAUGAUAACUCUAUAUCAAACGAUAAAGGGAAUAAUGUGGUCACAGAGAUGUCACAGACAUAUAAUGAGUGGAGCCCUGUAGACAAGAAUCUUUACUUGCAAGGAGUUGAAAUCUUUGGGAGAAACAGUUGUCUUAUUACAAGAAACUUACUUUCCGGACAUAAGACGUGUUUAGAGGUUUACAAUUACAUGCGGGAGCAAGAUCAAACUCCAGAAAUAGACAAUCAGGUUAAUAAAGAGAUAUCUCGGAAAAAAACUAAGUUUGCCAGAAAAAGAGCCAAACUCAAAAAGCAUGUUUGUUAUCCACCUGCUAUAAAAAAUUCAGCUAAGGAAUUAAAUAAGGAGUAUAAGCAGUACACACCAUGCACUUGCGAACCAGUAUGUGGAGAUCAAUGCCCUUGUUUAACUAGCGGAAAUGUCUGUGAGAAGUAUUGCGGGUGUCUAAAGACAUGCAAGAAUCGUUUUGGGGGAUGUAACUGUGCAAAGGGUCAAUGCAGUAACCGACAAUGUCCUUGCUUUUCUAUUUCUCGUGAAUGCGAUCCAGAUAUUUGUCGCAGUUGUUCGCUUAGCUGUGGAGAUGGCUCUCUCGGUGAGGCAUCACAGCCAAUCCAAUGCAUGAACAUGCAAUUCCUCCUUAAGAAACACAAGAAGAUUCUCCUUUCAAUGUCUGAUGUUCAUGGAUGGGGUGCAUUCACACGGCACUCUCUAAAAAAAAACGAGUUUCUCGGAGAAUAUACUGGCGAAUUGGUUUCUUAUGAGGAAGCAGAGGAACGUGGGAGAGCAGAAAGAAAGAAUGGUUUUUCCUAUCUCUUUACCUUGAAUGAUAAGAUCUGCAUUGAUGCUCGCCGUAAAGGGAACAAGCUUAAAUUUCUCAAUCACUCAUCAAAGCCAAACUGCUACGCCAAGUUGAUGGUCGUCAGAGGAGAUCAUAGGAUUGGUUUGUUUGCGGAUAAAAAUAUCGGCGAAGGUGAGGAGCUUUUCUUCCACUAUUGCUAUGGACCAGGACAUGCGGAUUGGUCUCAAUAG